GGGCUUAGAAAUCGCUUGACUGAGCUCGGAGGGGCUGGCUCUGGGUUCUGCUUGGUGCUAUCGAUUUGUUUGCUUAAGUUAGUGCUAUAUUUUUCACAGCGAUUACUUUGGUUUGCUCAGGUAUAUGCCCACUGGAGCUGGAGAAAGCCAGAGGAGAAGGGCAGAUUUCGUGUACAGGUAGAAACAGGUUCUCCGGGAGACUUUAAACUACAGAAAUGAAACUUCGGUUUGUUUUAGAUUGAAAGAAUGAGUCUGUGCUCCAAACAGCUAAAGUGACGUGUUUUGGGGUUUUUUUCCCCAUAGGUAGGAGGAUAGAGGUUGAUUUAAAAAAAAAAAAAACUAGGAAAACUGGAAACUUUGUCCUGAGGAAAUAAAUAUUUUCUGCAUAUGCAGGCUUGCCAUGUGUUAAUAUCAUUCUUGGCUCUGUACCUCUGGUGAAGAACAGAAUAUUUAUUGGUGACUGUCCUAGGGAAGGAGAUGUCUCAGGAAAUGCCUUUGACCAUGAGCCAAAUGACCAAUACCACUUGUGCUUUGCAUGGAAACAGCAACAACGCCCAGCUGGGCAGUUCCUGUGAGUGUGACUUGAAAAGGAAGGCAGGCCACUAUCAAGAAAAACAUGUUAUUGCUCAGCCAGUAUUUGUUUAUGAAAACAGAGAUCAGGUUUUUAAGAGGCCAGCUGAAGAUACUAUUGACAAAGUAGAACAUGGGCUCCCUGGCUCUUCAAGAAAGCGUGCCCGAUCUUCAUCUUUCACUUUCCACACGGCAGACAGCAAGCAAGUUAAGAAAAAUAAUGUUUUCAUGACCACAACUGCUUCACAAUGGAAUGUUGACAUUGCCAGAACACAAAAAGGCCUUUGGGAGCGAAGUCAACAAUGUCCCAUUCUAAGACCUGCCAUUUUGCAACCACCUCAGUCUCAGAGAUGUGUAGAAAGCAAUGCAUUUGGGCCUGCUGAGGCUAUGGAAUUUUACAAGACCAGUGAAAAAGCAAAAACUGAGCUUUCUGAUGAGAAUCUUCAUAUGCAGAGUGAGAAUUCAGCAAGUACUGACACCUCAGUCAAAUCUUCUGUUAGCUCACACCUCUUAAGUCCUGCCCCAAUAAGAAGUCAACCAAAUGAAGACAGACAUUCUUUACAAAGCCAUAGUUCCAAUUUCAUUUUUGGAGAAAACAUGAAUGAGAGAGUUUUGAGUCCACAAAAAUCUAUUGAGCUUCACCAAGAAAAAGAUCCAUAUAACAAGGAAAGACCAUUCACUUCAUCUGUGUCUUUUCCCCUCCACUUUUCAUUGAAAAGCUCUUGUAAAAACACAACUCUGAAGGAAUCAGCAGCUGCAUUCUCCUCAAAGCCAUCACCAAAAUGUAUGCCGGAGAAAAUUGAAGUUAUAACUGGAGAGGAAGAAGAACAUAAUGUGUUAAAGAUCAACUGCAAACUCUUUGUAUUUAAAAAGACAACACAAUCUUGGACUGAAAGGGGCAGAGGAACUUUGAGACUUAAUGACACAGCAAAUGCUAGCUCUGGGAUGCUGCAAUCACGACUGGUUAUGCGAAAUCAAGGCAGUCUAAGACUGAUCCUCAACAGCAAACUCUGGGCACAAAUGGAGAUACAAAGAGCGAGUCACAAAAAUCUACGCAUCACUGCCACAGAUUUAGAUGAUUGUUCCAUCAAAAUAUUUUUAAUUCAGGCAAGUGCCAAAGAUGUUGGAUGUCUUUAUGCAGCAAUACAUCACCGUCUUGUUGCACUAAGAACCUUUUAUAAGCAGGAACUAGAUGUAAAUGAGAUUGAAACUGAGUCAGAAACAGUCAUCCAAUUAUUAAGCUGUGAUAGUUGUGAUGAAGAUGAUGAAAUGCUUAAAAUCACCACAGGUCGGUCAGAUCCUUCCAGAUGGAACCACAGACCACCAGUUGCCUGCUCAUGAUAGCCACCUUUGAUCCUGAUUACAACUACAGAAAGACCAUUGAAAAUCCUCAACUAUUCCAACUCACCUUCUAGUGAGAAAAUCCUAUAUAUUCAUUGAAAGGUUUUAAAGAAAUUAGUCUUGAAGAGAAUUAGAAUUUGUUCUGCUUCAAACUUUCCCACUUACAGAUUUUAAUAAUCAUAUUCCUGUUGCUUCAUAUUUGGAUUAAUCUGAAGAAAAAUUACCAGAAUUUAUAAAGUAUCUCACAGGCUUCAAACACAUUAUUUUCAGAGACAUUAUUUCAGAAUAUAACUAAUCAGGAUUAUUCAUCACAUUGAUGGAUAGGACAAUUAAAACUAUGAAUUAUUAGAUUUAAUAAAUGUCUAACUCAAAUAUUUAUUUUCUCCAGUAUGCAUUAUCUAUCCAUGAAAUACAUAUUUCAUAGACUUCAAGGAUUGUUCCUUUGAAAAAUGUUAUUGUAAGUCUGAUCCAAGUCAUUAAACAAUUUUUACCCUUGGCAAAAAUGUUUUUUUUAUUUUCCAC